CUCACCCAGCCCUCGAAGGUGUCCGAGGUGCCGGCCGUGCGCAAGAGCUCCUGGAAUUGCAGGGUGCAGUUGGCCACAAAGUGGUCGUAACCCAGGGGCGUCUCGUGGAAGACGGCCAGCUCAAGGUGGCCGCCGUCGGUGACGUUAGUGCAGAACUCCUCGUUGUACGUGGGUUUGUUGGUUUUCUGCUUGGUGCUGGUCUGGCCCACGCGUACCUGGUCCACGCUCACUGUCAGGUAGGGGUCCAGCAGCUGGUAGCCCUUCUUGAAGAGCGAGUGGCGCAGGGACCAGCGGGUGGGCUGCAGCCCCACCGCCUCUCCAAUGCGGACCCUCAAAUAGCCAUUGAACUUCAUGGUGCCGGACGACAUGCCGGCGCUGCUGCCCCGGCCCCAGGGGGCCGCGCUGGCUCGCACAGGAGAGCGCAGAGAUUUGGCUCAGGCCAGCCCUCGCCGCAGCCGCAGGAGUGGAGGCAGCUCCGGGGAAAAGCAGCGCCAAAGCCCCCCUCGACUGGCCAUUCUGCCUCCUCCGUGGGACCUUCCCCUCCCCUCCUUCCCUCCCUCUCUUACUCCCGAGGUGGAAAGGAGGGGAGCCCGGCGCCGAGCCCUCCGCGGGCCGGGGAAGCACAACCGUUCCUCUGGAGCGCGCGGCGCUUCCCGGAGGAUCGCGUGGGACUCGCCCCUUCUCCAGGGCCGGGAAGCUCCUCUCCUGGGAGAGCGACCCGUCCGGUUCGCUCCAGCCCCAAGCGUCUCUUCCCCCGCCUCCUCUAGCCUCUCCUCUGCCCCCGCCUCCGCGGGCUCACGCUCUCCCCCCCUCGGCGAGCUUCAAACCAGGAAGCAGCCGCCGCCGCAUCCCGGGCAGCAACCUCGCGCCGGCAGGCUUCAAGUUCACCGAACCCCAGCGCGGACUCCCAUGCCUUCCGCACCCCGGGGGCGUGGUGCGCAGCCCGCCUCCCGGCCCUGCGGAUGGGGUGCCCCGGCGCACGCGGCCGCGGAGCCCAACGCUCGCACCUCGCUACGUGCUCCCUUCUCCCUGUCCGGGUCUGGCGCGCGCGGCCGGCUAGGGGCCACCCCAGGAGCGAGCCAACAAGGGAAGGGUUCGUGGACGAGCGCGAUCCAACACCUGAGGCAUGGGAGACCAGCCGGGGCAGUAGUAAUGAUGGAAAUCCUGUCCUCCUCCUUCCUCGGAGAGGUGUGUCUCCUUGCACAAAGAGCAGGAAAGGUCGGUUCUUCUGGAGACAGACAUGGCCGAGAUCUAAUAAGUCUCUUCCUCUACGGGGUGGUUCCUGUUCCACCCAGCCCUGCCCGGCAAGGGCAGAAAAUGUUCACACACAGGCUGUCUCCCCACACAUGCGGCUAAAAAAAUUGCCUCUUCAAAGAGCACUGUGUGUUACUGCUGUAGGAAUCAGCAGCCUUCUGAUCCUUCCCACCCAGGGCUCCUGCAGAUUUUGUCCUCUGGGAGAACUUGGGUCUACUCUGCUGCACCGCAGCAAGGUGUGCUCCCUGAGGGCCAGCCAUAACCAAUUUGUAUCCCAUAAAGUCUAGGCCAUUCUUAAGAAACUUACUCUCU